UGAGACUCGUGGCUUGUUCGUUCGCAAAAAUGAAAGGUGUAUACAGACGAUUUAAAUGACUUCAGCUUUAGGUUUGCUCUCGCAGUAAUGGCAUUCCAAAGUAUCACACACUUUUCUCUUGAGCUGGACGGUUCAGAUGAUACUGUGUACAGCAGUGGAGAGAUGGUCACUGGGAUUGUGGUUCUGGAAAUCAACCGGGAGAUUAAACUUCGAGCCCUGAGUGUGCACGGAAGAGGGGUCGCCACAGCCCACUGGCUGGAUAACCGAAGUGUUGGCGUGAACACCGUCUACAACGAUUACACAUCCAAGAUAACUUAUUUCAGAAAAAGACAGCACCUUAUUCGAGGUAUUCUGCUGUUGUGGCUGGUGAGCAGGAGGUAGAGAUGAAAAAUUGGACCUGCUGAAGGGUAAUUAUCUCUAUGUAUGCACCAUUGUGGAACUACAUCAAUAUACCCAAUGCUAUUAACAAAUAGUUGUUAUGAUUCAAAAAUGGCACUAUAUCAGGUUUAACCAAUACUAAUAUCACUUAUCAAU